AUGGCGGUCAUGGUGUCCUCAUUUCUCAGGGUGAUUCCUGGAGAAACAGAUGGGAGGAUUGAGGAAAAGAGGCGCUCAGAUCACUGGAGCUGGAGCUCAGUCGGCGGUCUUCUGCGGGAACUGCACCCAUCCCGGAGCAUCUCCGGCCCUCCUAUUUCACUGAACUCGCCUUCCUCUCAGAGGAAAGUGGGAAGACCGCUUGCUAUCCAGGACGGUGUGGGGAGGGUAAGAGGGCUUAGGGAAAGACCGCGGAAAGCGCGGCGCACACGCCAGCUGGCAUCACCGGGGAUUCCCUCCGGCUCGGUGGGACUCCGGCGCGCUUGUAGCGAGGACCCCCAGCCCAGGGCAGAGCGUAUCCCCUCAGCUCCCCGAGUCUGGGCCCUUGGCGGCCGCAGUGGCCCAGGCCCGCCCCGCCUCCGCGGGCGGCCCUCCCCGGCUCAGUGCCCGGCGCUGCCGGGAAGCGGGCAGAGGGGCGCACCGGGCGGCGGGCGGGGACCUGGGGAAGGCCGGGAGCGCGGGGACUGUGGACGCACGCGGCGGGCCGGGCGGCGCGCGCCUCCCCCCUCCCCCGAGGCCCGAGCGCGAGUCGCCGUGACGUCACGGGCCACCCGCCAGCCCCGCGCUCCUCCGGGCAGAGCGCGUGUGGCCGCCGAGCACAUGGGCCCGCGGGCCGAGCGGGCUCGGGGAGGCCGGGACGAGGAGGGGCGACGAGGAGCUGCGAGCAAGGAUGUGCCUCGGGACCCCCCGCACCUUCCCGUGGAUUUCCUUGCUGAAAGGAUGUUGGCGGACCCUGUGACCUGUGGAGACACGGCUAGAUCUGCCCUCCACAUCUUAAUCAUCUUUGAGCCUAAAGAGGAAGGAGAGUGGAGGCCUGAUCUUUUGGCCAGAAGGAGAUUAAAAAGAUGCCCCUCAAGAUGGCUGUGCCUGUCAGCUAGCUGCAUGGAGCUUCGUUCGAGUAUUUUCUGAGCCUGAUGGAUUUACAGUGAUCUUCGAUCGUCUGAGGAACAACUCUGGUGGAACAAUGCACUGGAAUGACACACGCCCUGCACAUUUCAGGAUACUAAAAGUGGUUUUAAAGGAGGCCCUGGCUGAAUGCCUCAUGGAUUCUUACAGCUUGGAUGUCCAUGCGGGAUGAAGGACCGCAGCUGGCUGCGAGGACUGAGAUCUCUGUUUACUUGGGUCUCUGCCAACUUCCUUUGGGUCUCCCUAUGGAAUGUAAGACCCCGACUCUUCCUGGUGAAGCAUCGGAUGCAUGUUCCGUCCGGCGCUCAGCUGGGCUUGAGGAGACAGCACGAAUUCUCCUACAUGUUCACCACACAACUGGUGCUGUGAGAGAGACGAAGAUGAGUCACGCCUGUACUGCUCUUUAAAUACUCACAAUCGAAUGGUUAUCCUGGCCAGAAAGCCAUAGCUUUUCCUCAUCAGAGCUUCAGUGCUAUGGAAACUUGAAGUUUGGAGGGUCUGAUGUCUCAGUCUGGAUGAGGACGAGUUCCCUGCCAUUCCUGGGUCAGCAGCUCCCAUCCUCUUAGAUUCCAGGAUGGUGACUGGACAUGGUGGCUCAUACCUGUAAUCCCAGCACUUUGGGAGACCAAGGCAGGAGUAUGGCUUGAGCCCAGGCAUUCAAGACAAGACUGGGCAACACAGCAAGACCCUGUCUCAAAAGAAAAAAAAAGAUUCCAAGAUGGUGUAGAACAUCAGAGAGGAGCCCUUCGAGAUUAUUUGGCCAUUGUCACCCCACCUGCUUAUAGAUGGAAAUGCAUAGACUCAGAGAGGUCGGGGGACAUAUAGGCAGCUGUACAAAUCCAGUGGACCUCAAAUCCAGGCGUUUCUAACCUGAAUUAAAUUAUCUCGCCCUUGGGCGAUGGAGAAUGGAGCAGAAGUGACCACAGCAGAAUAGGUGGGAAGGUUCCUGCAACAGCAAAGAUUCUGCUGCCCGGUUCCUGAGAUAUUAAGAAUGUGUUGUCUACACAACUACAUGGCCAGCUGCCUCCUCCUUAAUUUGUUUUGUUUUGUUUUGUUUGUUUGUUUCUGAGACAGAGUCUUGCUCUGUAUCCCAGGCUGGA